AUGGUGCUUCUUCAAGAAAUCUACUGUCCGGAGCAGAUUGUAAUACCAGAAAAUUUCCACAUUACGCUCAAGCAGUAUGCCAAAGCGGUUAUACGAACGCAGCCAUUUGAUUUAUUGCGCUGGUCCGCAGCAUAUUUCCGAUGUUUGGCGCUCAGCGUUCAGCCGCCGGUAAAAUCGCGCUACGAACCGCCAGAGCGUUGUGGAACCCUGACCGCCGGAAUCGUUCGUGUACUAAUUGAUCAGCUUGGUAAAGGUUAUUACGUGCACAAGAGGAUCCUUUUGGAGAAGUGGGAAGGUUUAUGUCUUCCGGAAGAAGACUUAUUGAAUGUUCUGUCACUGCUUCGGAUGUUGAAUUGGUCCCAGCUACACUGGCUGAAGGUAGUUGCCGUUUUCAUUGGUCAACUGUGUAAGGACUUUGCGAGAACCACAGAAAUGAUCUGUGAAAUGUUAACCGAGGAUCCAGAGGGAGGCGCUGCGUCGAUACCGUUUUGGAUGUUCCGAGAGUGCUUUCUCGCUGUGGCCGAUUUGGAUUGCGGCUCCGCACAAAAGUUUGUGAACGGAAGGAAAGUUCUUGACGAGGAUACCGGUGCGCUGGAGGAAGAACAGAUGCCGCCCACCCUGCCAAAAGUUUUGUCAACAAUUUCAUUUAAAAAUGCCAUUAUUGACAAGUACCGUGCCACGCUAGAGCAUGAACAUGCCACUGCGCUAUCUCAAAACAUCCACAUCGGUGACAACGAUCAACUUUCAAACCCGUCGGCCGUUCCCUCGAGGCUUGAAUCUGAUUUUAAGUUUUUCGGCGACGACACCGACGCACAUGAAGUUCUCCGACGAGCACCAGACUUUGACAGUGUUAUAGUCCUGCUGAGACGGUUCCGUGGAGAUGGGGUCAAUUCGAUGGUCAGUGAAACGAACCUCUCGAAAGCUGCCCUGGAACGCACACAAGAACGUUCCAAACAAAUCGAGGAACUUAAAGCAUCCAUCAGCGAGGAAGAAUACUGCAAACUGAAGGAACAGGAACGCCAAGAGUUGCUGAAGGAAAUGGGACCACCGUGGUUAAUGCUGUAUCUGUUUUCCCGAGACUGCUCACGCACAAAAUCGUUCAAUUAUGUCGAACAAAGCUCAACCUCUAUCUCGGACGAUUCUAUCUCGGCCUAUUCGAUGGAGAAUAUCUACGAAGACACGUUCGAGCUCGAUCCCGGCGCGUCGUUUGCACAAGAACGUCGUAAAUCCAGCUUCUCGCUGCCCGUUACACUCCGGGCAAGAAUGAGCGUCAGCUCACAUUCGGCCGCGUUCAUUACGAAUGAAAUCCUCUCCAAAGUGGUGUGCUCCAUCGACCAGGCUAUCAUUGACGGCGAGUGUGAACUGUCGGUGGGCUCGAUUGCAAACUUUCUUGAGCAAAAAUCACACUCCAGCGAGGAGUUUCUAUCACCCACCGAUCAUGAGAAACUUCAAUCGUUCCUAAAGGAAGCGGAAAGCCGUGAACUGGUAGUGAAGGACAUUAAUGAGCUAUACAACUUUUUCGUCAGCGAAAGCUUCAAGCACGCCUUACAAGCGAACGGGAAUGAACCACAGCAGAAAGAAAUAUUCAGUAUUUUUGGUGAGAGUGGUAUCGAAGUUGAUGCGAAUUUGCUGGAGGCAAAAAUAUCGGACAACAUGAUUAUUGGUCUGGUGCCGCCAGUACCACCGGUUAAAGAGCCUUCGGAAGAUGCGGAUGACCAAGCAGACGAGAGUGUCGAACCGAGUGCAAUAUUGCCGACACCUUCAAUGGAUACCCUUCUGCCUACGGCCUGCGAAGGUACGACACAGACUGAUCCAAUCGAAAUUGCCUGUGUGCAGCGUAAAAUACCGCUCGUUCCAUCGGAUGAUCAACGCAUCACACACAAAUGCAAAAUAUCGCCGAUAACAGGCAUCGGAAGUGCAAUGGACGAGAAGUUGAGGGAUGCAUUUCUCGCCUAUCUAGCACAGCGAGCUGCAGAACAGCAUGGAUUAAUCUAUCCACGCAACUUCCGCGAGGCUCUAUGUCCCCGUAUUGAAUAA